AUGACGUGGCAAAGAUUGGUUACUUUACAAGACUAUAGUCAGAAAGUUUUGCCACGUCAUAACUCAUAUUCAACCUGUUUUUGACAACAGGAUUGUGAUCAGCAAAUGAAGGAAAUUUACUAGAAAAUGAAAAAAUCAAUAAUAUUUUUUGCAGAGAGGAUCAGAUGGUGAAAUUCUGUUCCGUCAAGUGACUGCCGAUCUGUCCAUCGAAGAACGCGAAUAUUUCUCGCUGUGUUUUUACGACAAAACCGAAGGCGCUCGUCAUUGGCUCUACAAUGACAAACGAAUCCUUCGCCAAUUGAAAGGUCUGCCAUGGGAAUUCUCGUUUGAGGUGAGAUUUUUUUGUGAAGGCUGGAAAAAUCCACGUUUUUUGACAUCAAAUAAGCCUAGGCUCAUUUGAUAUCAGAAAACGUGGAUUUUUGCCACGUGGCCGAAUUUUUGCAUCGAAAUUCCACGGUUUUUGAGACUACAUAAGCCUAGGCUCAUUUGAUAUCAGAAAACGUGGAUUUUUGCCAGGUGGACGAAUUUCUGCAACGAAAUUCCACGUUUUUUGAGACUACACAAGCCUAGGCCUAAAAUUUGGGCUAAGCCUAAGUCUAGGCUUGUUUGGUGUCAGAAAACGUGGAUUUUUGCCACGUGGCCGAAUUUUUGCAUCGAAAUUCCACGGUUUUUGAGACUACAUAAGCCUAGGCUCAUUUGAUAUCAGAAAACGUGGAUUUUUCGCCACGUGGCGGGGAUUUCUGCACCGAAAUUCCAUGUUUUUUGAGACUACACAAGCCUAGGCCUAAAAUUUGGGCCAAGCCUAAGUAAAGGCUUGUUAGGUGUCAGAAAACGUGGAUUUUUCGCCACGUGACCGAAUUUUUGCACCGAAAUUCCACGUUUUUUGAGACUACAUAAGCCUAUGCCUGAAAUUUGGGCCAAGCCUAAGCACAGGCUUAUUUGGUGUCGGAAAACGUGGAUUUUUCGCCAACUUUUGUCAAAAAAUGUUACAAAUUCAUAUGAAAAUUCUGAAUUUACCCCGAUUUUGUUGCAGGUCAAAUUCUAUCCAACAACUCCCUCAACAUUAGUCGACGAUCACGCUCGCUACUAUCUUUUCCUUCAACUUCGUCGCGAUAUUCUAACUGGCCGACUUCCGGCCACAACAGCCACACACGCCCUUUUGGGCUCAUUUGUCGCGCAAAUCGAAUACGGUGAUGCGCCCGCACAAAUUACGGCAAAUUAUGAAAAGUUUAUUGUCGAAUCGAGAUUGGUGCCCGAAAAUGAGGCGAAUCCGGAGGUUUAUAAACAAAUUGCCGAAUUGCAUCGUGAAUUGAGGUAUGGGGUUGGAAAUUUCAAAAAAAUCUGGAAAAUUUUAAAGUUUGCCAAUAUUUUGUAAUAAAAAACAUGAUUUUCCUAUGCAGAAAAACGUCGAAAAAACAAAAAAAUUAUUUUUGAGUAGAGACAAUGUGAAAUUGAGAGAGUGCAGACAGUUUUUUGUAUUUUUUGUGCGAAAAAUACAAAAAAUUAAUUUUUUUUACAGAAAAAUUGAUUUUUCGCACAAACAAUACAAAAAAUUGGUUUUUUUAAAAGAAAAAUUGAUUUUUCGCACAAAAAAUACAAAAAAGUUAAUUUUUUUAAACAGAAAAAUUGAUUUUUCGCACAAAAAAUACAAAAAAUUAAUUUUUCUGUCUGCACUCUCUCAAUUUCACAUUGUCUCUACUCAAAAACAAUAGACGUUUUUCUGCAUGGGAAAUAUAUGUUUUUUUAUUACAAAAUAUUAUUCUGCAUAGGCCCAUUAGAGAUAACGGAAAAUUGAGAGAGCGCAGACAAAUUUUUCAAAAAAAAAAAGAACGAAUUGUGAUCUUCUAGUGAGGGACUAGUUUUCCAGGUUUCCAUGGGAAACUAGUCCCCGACCUGAUUCACCUGAAAAAUGUAUCAUCAUGUAAAGCGGGGACUGACUUUUGCACGUUGCGAAAACUAGUCCUAGAGGGGGACUAGUUUUCCAUCUUGUGUGAAAACUAGUCCCUGCAUCUACUUUCUCACAAUUCGUUUUUUUUUGUUUUAGAAACUUGUCUGCGCUCUCUCUCAAUUUUCAGUUAAAAUAUUGAUUUCUCUAAAAUUUGAAAUUCUGAAGUUUUCGUUCAGAAACCGGCCCAAAUCUGAAAUCUUUCCAGUUUUUCCUACACCCAAAUCUUUUUUCGCAAACAGAAAAUUGAGGUAAUUUCAUGCGCGCUUUGAAGCGCAACUAAUUUGUUAAGAAACUGGUUCUUUAUUGUUUUUUUCCGGUUAAAAACACAUAUUUUUGGGGGUUUUCUCCUGGAGAAAACCCCAUUUAGAGGGAUUUUCUCCAGACGAAGAAGCCUGUAUGAAAAAAUGUCUCAAAUUCAAAAUUUUCAGAGCUCAAACCACAUCGGAAGCUGAAAAUCUCUAUCUCGAUCAUUGUCGUCAAUUGGCUCUCUAUGGAAUUCAUCUGUUCCCGGCCAAAGACAAAGAUUCGAAUGCGAUUCAAAUUGGAGUUGGUGCCGAAGGUAUCAACAUCUACAAAGGCGAUGAACCGGUUCAUAAAUUCGGAUGGGCGAGUAUUGUGAAGAUCAGCUACAAGAGGAAUACGUUUAGUGUUCGAUUGAAGGCUGGUGAAUUGGAGAAGAAAGAAACGAGUGUUAAUUAUAAGUUGGUUGAUUAUGCGCAUGCGAAAAGAACUUGGAAAUGUGCGGUUGAACAUCACACUUUCUUCAGGUAUGAUUUUGCGGGUUUGGGAAUUUUUGAUACUAAAUUUGAGCCUCAAUUUUUCUAGAUUGAUCCAACCGGAUGAGCCACAAAAGCACUCGUCAUCCUUCUUGAAUUUCGGCUCCAGCCGCUUCCGCUACCACGGUCGAACUCAAUUCCAAACCAAAAUGGCCAGUCAGAUGUUUGACAAACCGUCGAUUGUUGAAAGAUCGCCAUCGGCCAUGUCGCAACCGAUUGAAUGUGAGUUUUUUUUUGGGAAAAUCGUCUAGAAAUCGAAUUUUCUGAGUUUCUAUGCAGAGAAAGUGGAUUUUGCGCAUUUCAGAAAUUAAAUUUAAAAAAAAACAAUUUUUUUUGCUGAUUUUUACCAUAAUUAUCAAAACAAAUAUUCAAAUCCAAAAAAAAAUAAUAAAAAAAUUUUUUUAACAAAAAAUUUCGGUUCAGCAAAUGUCAAAAAACUAUAUUUUUUUUUCCUAUUUUUUGACAUUUUUUUCAUUUUUGUGUGGAAAAAAAUAUAGGUUUUUGACCUUUGCUGAGAAUUUUGGGCAAAAAACCGUGAUUUUUUUCGAAAUUCCGAAAUCUUGAAAUUCCAAAAUUUUGCGUUGAUUUAUUAUCUCACGAAAAAAAUACCAGGGAAUUUUAGGUUUCGAAAUUAUUCUAUGAAAAAAAUAUAGUUUUUUGACAUUUUCUGAAUCGAAAUUUUUUGUCAAAAAAUGUUUUUUAUUUUUUUUUUUGACUUGAAUCACCCCAUUAUCUAUUUUUGAAUUAAGAAAUUUUUUCGAAACUUGCAAACACACUUUUUUCCUAAAAAAUUGAACAAAAUUAGUUUAAAAAUGGGCGUGGCUUGGUUUUGCAAGCCUGGCACGUUUUUUUCCAGAAAAUUCUAAAAUUUUGCAAUUUUUCCCCUUUUUUCUUUUAAAAAAUGUAUUUUUCGAAUUUUUAAUUCAACCAUACUGAAGGAAAUUGAAAGAAGAAUUGAUAAUAAAUUAUAUCAAAAUUUUGAAACGUAUUUUUUUGUUUUUGAAAAAUUUGAAUUUUUGAAUCAAAAUUUGACUCGAAAGCGCUAAAAAUAAUAAAAAAAAACAUUUUUUUGACAAAAAAUUUCGAUUCAGAAAAUGUCAAAAAAUGUAUUUUUUUAAUUAUUUUUUUUCGACUUGAAAAAUGUUUCCCAAAAAUGUGUGUUUUCCAGCUGGUCGCCAAGUCCUUUCUCCACUUCACUACACGGACAACGAACUCGAAGCCAAAAAUUAUGAGGUGUGUUUUUUUUUGCACGGUUGUUUUUUUUUUUUGCUUGGGAAUGCUAACUUCACUGCAUGCUUGAAAAGUUCACGCUUAUUAGAACUUUUAACAAACGAAAAACGCAUGUUUUUUUUCAAAAACAUAUGUGUCAAAAACGCUUUGGGAAAUCGUCGUGAUUUGGGGGAUUUUUUUUUUGAGUUUGCUCACCGAGCAAGCUUUCGUCAUUUUUCGUGUUUCAUUUUUGGACUAUGUCUUUUCCUCAAGCCCCUAUAUUAAAAUUUUUUUAUUCAUAACAUGUCCUACCGGCACGUGAUACCGUUAAUUUUCAUUCAUUCAGAUUUUUUCAGAAGGAAAGUUUUUUGUAGGAUUUUUUCGCUUUGAUUAUAUUUCUCUAGAGCCCCCCAAUUUUUUUCUGUAAGGGUUAGGAAAUGUGGGAUGCGGUGAACCAAGAUUAAAUAUUAAAAAAAAUUAUCAUUACGAGAAAAAAUAUCACUCCGAAUCACGGCGCGUAACAAAAUUUUUUUUUGGUUUUUAGUAAAUGUGGUGUGCUUUGUGUUUUUUUCUAUAGAUAGAUAAUCUAUAUAUUGAAAUUGGUAGUAUCGCAUCCUUACACCUAACCCCCACGAUUUUUUUGUUGUAAAUACAAUUUAGAACCCAGGGGAAAUGUGUGAUUUUGAUUUGUGUAGUCGUUUUAUUUUAUGUUGAUUGUAGUGCUUUUCUCUAUAUUUUCGGAAUCUCUAUCCUCUAUUUCACUCGUACUUACCCUAACUCUUACCCCCCAACGCUCUCCCCCUUGUCAAUAUCCUGAUUGCAGAGAUAUCGACGUACGAUCACACCAAAAUCUUUCACCCGCGAUCACAAUGAUGAUGCGAUGUCCACGUCGACUUUUGAUAAGUAUGCCUCGUUGCGUCCGACAUCGCUUCUUGUCACCACAACACCGUACGAUCAUCAGUAUCAACGGGAUUCGCAAAAUCUUGAUGAUAGUUUGUCGUACUCGCCAAGAGGUCUUGAAUCACCGCAAUCUAGCGGAGCCGCCUACUACAUGUCGGAAAGAUCGUCGUUGCGAACACCGUCGUCGGCGUAUUAUCCGCAAGCUGAUUCGGCGAUGCAAAGUCCCACUGAUUCGCAUUAUUAUGAGGGACCACAUCGUGGAGAAUACAAUGUUCAAUUGAGAUCAAGAGGUGGUGCGAGACGGAAUUUGUUCGGAAGAUCGUCGGGAACUUCGCAAGAUACUGUGCGACUUGUCUCGAUUCAUGAACCGGUUGAUCCGACAGCGCCAAUGAGACAAACCUAUCCAGGAAAUGAGCUACCGGAGAUUCCAAUCGAACGAAUUGUUCAUGUUUAUCACGAAGGACAUUAUGAUCGAUUGAGUCCGAGUAGAGAACGUGGACGUGCUGAUCUUCCAUAUGGAUUUGGAGUUUACACUCCAAGAAAUGGUGUGACUCAUGUUGAUCGUCUUGAACCGAAUAACGAGAUGGAUCAACAACCAAUUCGAUUCUUUGUUGAUGUUCGUCAUUCUGGUUCGAGUCGAAGAGAUCAGGCGAAACGUAUCAGUCAUCCUGGAAAAGAAGAUGUGCGUGAUGUUGUUAAUCCAGCCGAUUAUAAUUUCUCCACAACUCCUUAUGAUGCUUCGGAUCUUCGCACGGAAUUGUCUCGCGAUGUUCCUGCUGCAAACAUUCAGCAGUUCACCAGAAUUUACCAUACUGGACAUUCUGAUGAGCCGUCGACAUCAAAAGCUCCGCCAUAUCGAUUGAUCACUACGGUUUUGUCAACAUCUUCGAGUAGAGAUGGAAGAGAUCGUAACGCAUCGUCGAAUGUCAAUGCGGUGAUCUCGCAAAAAGAGCAGACUGUGUCGACCAAGGUUCGAAGAGAGUCGCCGGAUCAAGAUCGACGAAUCAGAUUGUCGGCGAGUGUCGAUAGAAGUGGCAAUCUUACUGAUACCACUGACAACGAGGGUGCUUCAUCUUCGUCGCCAGCGAAAAAGAUCAAGAAGAUUCCACCGUCGUCAAAAGUUCAGGAGACUCGUGAGCCGGCGAAACAACGCGAAAGAAUGUUUGGGUUCUUUGGAAAGAAAAAGACCAACGAUUAUCCUGAACAAACCAAAUAUUCUGGCCCGCUUGAUUCUACUGAACGAGACCAAGAUCUUCAAACUUUACCGGUUGAUAGGCAACAUCAAGUCCCAUCAUAUUCUCCAAAGAAAUUCACGUCAUCUGAAUAUGUUGUUCGAACAUCGAGAACUUAUCAUUAUGUUUCUCGAAUCAGACAUGAUGAAGAUGAAGAUGAAGUUGAUAAAUCAAAUAUUCGACCAGAAUCUUAUGGUUUUGCAUCAACAACUUAUGAUGGACCUUUGGAAGAUAUUUCAAGAGAAAAUGAACUUGAACAAUCACCAAUUGGAGAAUAUUCAAAUAUUUAUCAUCAUGGAAAAUCAUGGAUAAGAGAUGAACCUGUAAAACCAGUAAUUGUAAAAGAAAAGAAGGUCAAAUCACCAAAGAAGGAAAAAGUUGUUGUUGCUCCAGAACCUGAAGAACCUGAAACAAGACAAGUUCGAUUGAUUGCUCGAUUAAGACCAGAAGAAUCAGAAGAAUUUGAACAAGUUGUAUCGAAGAAAACACCAAAAUCAAAAGAUACAACAACUUCAUCGAAAUUCGGAUUCUUCAAGGGCGGAAAAUCUACCAGAACAACAACGACCACUUCUGAAAGUUACACUGGCCCUCUCGAUUCAACUGAUCGUGACAAUGAACAUGAACACAUCCCACUUGAACACCAAGAACAUCCAUCUUAUUCGCCGAAAACUGUUGUGACUACAACACAUGUCACUUCAACAUACCCAACAACUUCCAAUGAAUACUCCGGUCCUCUUGAUUAUACCAAUCGAUAUCUUGAACUCGAAAACAUCCCACUCGAUCACAAAUACGAAAUCCCACAAUAUUCUCCAAAAAUUGUUGGAAUCACUGGUGAUAAAAAAUCGAAAGUGAAGAAGGUCAAAUCAGUGAAGAAAGACAAGCCAGUUAUUGCUGGUUCUUCAGAUGAGCCAGAGACGAAAGAAGUUCGAUUGUUUGCUAGAUUGAGACCAGAAGAGCAAGAAGAUACUGAAGUUCGCAAUUUGGAGAAAUCAACUAAAUCCAAAGAUACUUCUUCUUCGUCAUUUGUCAAAACUGGAAAAUCAACAAAAAUUGUCACUUCCACUUAUCCUUCAACAUCAGACGAAUAUUCGGGCCCUCUUGAUUUGACCAAUCGAAAACAUGAUCUCGAAAAUCUUCCACUUGAUAGACAAUACGAAAUACCAGCAUAUUCUCCAAAAGUUAUUGGAAUAUUGGACGAGAAAUCAUCGAGAAUAAAACCAUCCAAAUCGGCUAAGAAGGAUAAGAAACGUAUUGCUGAUGAUAGCGAAGAAUCCGAAACAAGACAAGUUCGACUCAUUGCUAGAUUGAAACCGGAAAAUGAGAAUGAUACUGUUGUACUGGAAGCCAAACCAAGAGACACUUCAAAAAUCGGAUUCUUCAAGACUGGGAAGACCUCGAAAACUGUUACAUCCACAUAUCAAACAUCUUCGGAAGAAUAUUCAGGACCUCUCGAUUCAACUUAUCGUCAUCAAGAUCUUGAGAAUAUUCCAUUUGAACAUCCUGAUUAUCCAGAAUAUUCUUCCAAGAAAAUCGAAACAUCUGAACAUGUUAUUGAAAGAGAACAACCAAAGAAAUAUCGAUUGAUUGCUCGAUUCAGACAUGAUGGAGAUGAAGAUGAAAUUGAUAAAUCAAAUAUUCGACCAGAAUAUUAUGGUUUUGCAUCAACAACUUAUGAUGGACCUUUGGAAGAUAUUUCAAGAGAAAAUGAACUUGAACAAUCACCAAUUGGAGAAUAUUCAAAUAUUUAUCAUCAUGGAAAAUCAUGGAUUAGAGAUGAACCUGUAAAACCAGUGAUUAUCAAAGAAAAGAAGGUGAAAUCACCAAAGAAAGAAAAAGUUGUUGUUGCUCCAGAACCUGAAGAACCUGAAACUAGACAAGUUCGAUUGAUUGCUCGAUUAAGACCAGAAGAAUCAGAAGAAUCUGAACAAGUUGUAUCGAAGAAAACACCAAAAUCAAAAGAUACAACAACAUCUUCAUCAAAAUUCGGAUUUUUCAAAAAGGAAAAAUCAACAACUCCAAUUCCAACUUAUUCUGAAUCAACUGAACAAUAUUCUGGACCACUUGAUUCAACCAACAGACAUCAAGAUUUGGAGAAUAUUCCAUUUGAACAUCCAGAAUAUCCAGAAUAUUCACCAAAAAUUGUUGAAACUGAUGAAGAUUCAGCUGGAACAAAGAUCAAGAAGAUCAAAUCACCAAAGAAGGAAAAAGUUGUUGUUGCUCCAGAACCUGAAGAACCUGAAACUAGACAAAUUCGAUUGAUUGCUCGAUUAAGACCAGAAGAAUCAGAAGAAUCUGAACAAGUUGUAUCGAAGAAAACACCAAAAUCAAAAGAUACAACAACAUCUUCAUCGAAAUUCGGAUUCUUUAAAAAGGAAAAAUCAACAACUCCAAUUCCAUUGUAUUCUGAAUCAACUGAACAAUAUUCUGGACCACUUGAUUCGACUAACAGACAUCAAGAUUUGGAAAAUAUUCCAUUUGAACAUCCUGAAUAUCCAGAAUAUUCACCAAAAAUUGUUGAAACUGAUGAAGAUUCAGCUGGAACAAAGAUCAAGAAGAUCAAAUCACCAAAGAAGGAAAAAGUUGUUGUUGCUCCAGAACCUGAAGAACCUGAAACUAGACAAAUUCGAUUGAUUGCUCGAUUAAGACCAGAAGAAUCAGAAGAAUCUGAACAAGUUGUAUCGAAGAAAACACCAAAAUCAAAAGAUACAACAACAUCUUCAUCGAAAUUCGGAUUCUUCAAAAAGGAUAAAUCAACAACUCCAAUUCCAUCGUAUUUUGAAUCAACUGAACAAUAUUCUGGACCACUUGAUUCGACUAACAGACAUCAAGAUUUGGAAAAUAUUCCAUUUGAACAUCCAGAAUAUCCAGAAUAUUCACCAAAAAUUGUUGAAACUGAUGAAGAUUCAGCUGGUACAAAGAUCAAGAAGGUCAAAUCACCAAAGAAGGAAAAAGUUGUUGUUACUCCAGAACCGGAAGAACCUGAAACAAGACAAGUUCGAUUGAUUGCUCGAUUAAGACCAGAAGAAUCAGAAGAAUCUGAACAAGUUGUAUCGAAGAAAACACCAAAAUCAAAAGAUACAACAACAUCUUCAUCGAAAUUCGGAUUCUUCAAAAAGGAUAAAUCAACAACUCCAAUUCCAUCGUAUUUUGAAUCAACUGAACAAUAUUCUGGACCACUUGAUUCGACUAACAGACAUCAAGAUUUGGAAAAUAUUCCAUUUGAACAUCCAGAAUAUCCAGAAUAUUCACCAAAAAUUGUUGAUGUUUCUACUGAUGAAGAUUCAGCUGGUACAAAGAUCAAGAAGAUCAAAUCACCAAAGAAGGAAAAAGUUGUUGUUGCUCCAGAACCUGAAGAACCUGAAACUAGACAAGUUCGAUUGAUUGCUCGAUUGAGACCAGAAGAACCAGAAGAAUCUGAACAAGUUGUAUCAAAGAAAACACCAAAAUCAAAAGAUACAACAACAUCUUCAUCAAAAUUCGGAUUCUUCAAAAAGGAAAAAUCAACAACUCCAAUUCCAUCGUAUUCUGAAUCGACUGAACAAUAUUCUGGACCACUUGAUUCGACCAAAAGACAUCAAGAUUUGGAAAAUAUUCCAUUUGAACAUCCAGAAUAUCCAGAAUAUUCACCAAAAAUUGUUGAUGUUUCUACUGAUGAAGAUUCAGCUGGUACAAAGAUCAAGAAGAUCAAAUCACCAAAGAAGGAAAAAGUUGUUGUUGCUCCAGAACCUGAAGAACCUGAAACUAGACAAGUUCGAUUGAUUGCUCGAUUAAAACCAGAAGAACCAGAAGAAUUUGAACAAGUUGUAUCGAAGAAAACACCAAAAUCAAAAGAUACAACAACAACUUCAUCGAAAUUCGGAUUCUUCAAAAAGGAAAAAUCAACAACUCCAAUUCCAACUUAUUCUGAAUCAACUGAACAAUAUUCUGGACCACUUGAUUCGACUAACAGACAUCAAGAUUUGGAAAAUAUUCCAUUUGAACAUCCAGAAUAUCCAGAAUAUUCACCAAAAAUUGUUGAAACUGAUGAAGAUUCAGCUGGUACAAAGAUCAAGAAGGUUAAAUCACCAAAGAAAGAGAAACUUUUGGCUGAAGUUCAACCAGAAGAACCUGAAACUAGACAAGUUCGAUUGAUUGCUCGAUUGAAACCAGAAGAAUCAGAAGAAUCUGAACAAGUUGUAUCGAAGAAAACACCAAAAUCAAAAGAUACAACAACAACUUCAUCGAAAUUCGGAUUCUUCAAAAAGGAAAAAUCAACAACUCCAAUUCCAUCGUAUUCUGAAUCGACUGAACAAUAUUCUGGACCACUUGAUUCGACUAACAGACAUCAAGAUUUGGAAAAUAUUCCAUUUGAACAUCCAGAAUAUCCAGAAUAUUCACCAAAAAUUGUUGAAACUGAUGAAGAUUCAGCUGGUACAAAGAUCAAGAAGGUUAAAUCACCAAAGAAAGAGAAACUUUUGGCUGAAGUUCAACCAGAAGAACCUGAAACUAGACAAGUUCGAUUGAUUGCUCGAUUGAAACCAGAAGAAUCAGAAGAAUCUGAACAAGUUGUAUCGAAGAAAACACCAAAAUCAAAAGAUACAACAACAUCUUCAUCAAAAUUCGGAUUUUUCAAAAAGGAAAAAUCAACAACUCCAAUUCCAACUUAUUCUGAAUCAACUGAACAAUAUUCUGGACCACUUGAUUCAACCAACAGACAUCAAGAUUUGGAAAAUAUUCCAUUUGAACAUCCAGAAUAUCCAGAAUAUUCACCAAAAAUUGUUGAAACUGAUGAUGAUUCAGCUGGAACAAAGAUCAAGAAGGUUAAAUCUCCAAAGAAAGAAAAAGUUGUUGUUGCUCCAGAACCUGAAGAACCUGAAACAAGACAAGUUCGAUUGAUUGCUCGAUUAAGACCAGAAGAAUCAGAAGAAUCUGAACAAGUUGUAUCGAAGAAAACACCAAAAUCAAAAGAUACAACAACAACUUCAUCGAAAUUCGGAUUCUUCAAAAAAGGAAAAAUCAACAACUCCAAUUCCAACUUAUUCUGAAUCAACUGAACAAUAUUCUGGACCACUUGAUUCGACUAACAGACAUCAAGAUUUGGAAAAUAUUCCAUUUGAACAUCCAGAAUAUCCAGAAUAUUCACCAAAAAUUGUUGAAACUGAUGAAGAUUCAGCUGGUACAAAGAUCAAGAAGGUUAAAUCACCAAAGAAAGAGAAACUUUUGGCUGAAGUUCAACCAGAAGAACCUGAAACUAGACAAGUUCGAUUGAUUGCUCGAUUGAAACCAGAAGAAUCAGAAGAAUCUGAACAAGUUGUAUCGAAGAAAACACCAAAAUCAAAAGAUACAACAACAACUUCAUCGAAAUUCGGAUUCUUCAAAAAGGAAAAAUCAACAACUCCAAUUCCAUCGUAUUCUGAAUCGACUGAACAAUAUUCUGGACCACUUGAUUCGACUAACAGACAUCAAGAUUUGGAAAAUAUUCCAUUUGAACAUCCAGAAUAUCCAGAAUAUUCACCAAAAAUUGUUGAAACUGAUGAAGAUUCAGCUGGUACAAAGAUCAAGAAGGUUAAAUCACCAAAGAAAGAGAAACUUUUGGCUGAAGUUCAACCAGAAGAACCUGAAACUAGACAAGUUCGAUUGAUUGCUCGAUUGAAACCAGAAGAAUCAGAAGAAUCUGAACAAGUUGUAUCGAAGAAAACACCAAAAUCAAAAGAUACAACAACAUCUUCAUCAAAAUUCGGAUUUUUCAAAAAGGAAAAAUCAACAACUCCAAUUCCAACUUAUUCUGAAUCAACUGAACAAUAUUCUGGACCACUUGAUUCAACCAACAGACAUCAAGAUUUGGAAAAUAUUCCAUUUGAACAUCCUGAAUAUCCAGAAUAUUCACCAAAAAUUGUUGAUGUUUCUACUGAUGAUGAUUCAGCUGGUACAAAGAUCAAAAAGAUCAAAUCACCAAAGAAAGAAAAAGUUGUUGUUGCUCCAGAACCUGAAGAACCUGAAACAAGACAAGUUCGAUUGAUUGCUCGAUUAAGACCAGAAGAAUCAGAAGAAUCUGAACAAGUUGUAUCGAAGAAAACACCAAAAUCAAAAGAUACAACAACAACUUCAUCGAAAUUCGGAUUCUUCAAAAAGGAAAAAUCAACAACUCCAAUUCCAACUUAUUCUGAAUCAACUGAACAAUAUUCUGGACCACUUGAUUCGACUAACAGACAUCAAGAUUUGGAAAAUAUUCCAUUUGAACAUCAAGAAUAUCCAGAAUAUUCACCAAAAAUUGUUGAUGUUUCUACUGAUGAUGAUUCAGCUGGUACAAAGAUCAAAAAGAUCAAAUCACCAAAGAAAGAAAAAGUUGUUGUUGCUCCAGAACCUGAAGAACCAGAAACAAGACAAGUUCGAUUGAUUGCUCGAUUGAAACCAGAAGAAUCUGAAGAAUCUGAACAAGUUGUAUCAAAGAAAACACCAAAAUCGAAAGAUACAACAACAUCUUCAUCGAAAUUCGGAUUCUUCAAAAAGGAAAAAUCAACAACUCCAAUUCCAACUUAUUCUGAAUCAACUGAACAAUAUUCAGGACCUCUUGAUUCGACUAACAGACAUCAAGAUUUGGAAAAUAUUCCAUUUGAACAUCCUGAAUAUCCAGAAUAUUCACCAAAAAUUGUUGAAACUGAUGAAGAUUCAGCUGGAACAAAGAUCAAGAAGAUCAAAUCACCAAAGAAAGAAAAACCUUUGGCUGAAGUUCAACCUGAAGAAGCUGAAACUAGACAAGUGCGAUUGAUUGCUCGAUUAAGACCAGAAGAAUCAGAAGAAUCUGAACAAGUUGUAUCGAAGAAAACACCAAAAUCAAAAGAUACAACAACAUCUUCAUCAAAGUUCGGAUUCUUCAAAAAGGAAAAAUCAACAACUCCAAUUCCAACUUAUUCUGAAUCAACUGAACAAUAUUCUGGACCACUUGAUUCAACCAACAGACAUCAAGAUUUGGAAAAUAUUCCAUUUGAACAUCCAGAAUAUCCAGAAUAUUCACCAAAAAUUGUUGAAACUGAUGAUGAUUCAGCUGGAACAAAGAUCAAGAAGAUCAAAUCACCAAAGAAAGAAAAACCUUUGGCUGAAGUUCAACCUGAAGAAGCUGAAACUAGACAAGUUCGAUUGAUUGCUCGAUUAAGACCAGAAGAAUCAGAAGAAUCUGAACAAGUUGUAUCGAAGAAAACACCAAAAUCAAAAGAUACAACAACAUCUUCAUCAAAGUUCGGAUUCUUCAAAAAGGAAAAAUCAACAACUCCAAUUCCAACUUAUUCUGAAUCAACUGAACAAUAUUCUGGACCACUUGAUUCAAUCAACAGACAUCAAGAUUUGGAAAAUAUUCCAUUUGAACAUCCAGAAUAUCCAGAAUAUUCACCAAAAAUUGUUGAAACUGAUGAUGAUUCAGCUGGAACAAAGAUCAAGAAGAUCAAAUCACCUAAGAAAGAGAAACCUUUGGCUGAAGUUCAACCUGAAGAACCUGAAACUAGACAAGUUCGAUUGAUUGCUCGAUUAAAACCAGAAGAAUCAGAAGAAUCUGAACAAGUUGUAUCGAAGAAAACACCAAAAUCAAAAGAUACAACAACAUCUUCAUCAAAGUUCGGAUUCUUCAAAAAGGAAAAAUCAACAACUCCAAUUCCAACUUAUUCUGAAUCAACUGAACAAUAUUCUGGACCACUUGAUUCAAUCAACAGACAUCAAGAUUUGGAAAAUAUUCCAUUUGAACAUCAAGAAUAUCCAGAAUAUUCACCAAAAAUUGUUGAUGUUUCGACUGAUGAUGAUUCAGCUGGAACAAAGAUCAAGAAGAUCAAAUCACCAAAGAAAGAAAAACCUUUGGCUGAAGUUCAACCUGAAGAAGCUGAAACUAGACAAGUUCGAUUGAUUGCUCGAUUAAAACCAGAAGAAUCAGAAGAAUCUGAACAAGUUGUAUCAAAGAAAACACCAAAAUCAAAAGAUACAACAACAUCUUCAUCGAAAUUCGGAUUCUUCAAAAAGGAAAAAUCAACAACUCCAAUUCCAACUUAUUCCGAAUCAACUGAACAAUAUUCUGGACCACUUGAUUCAACCAACAGACAUCAAGAUUUGGAAAAUAUUCCAUUUGAACAUCCAGAAUAUCCAGAAUAUUCACCAAAAAUUGUUGAUGUUUCGACUGAUGAUGAUUCAGCUGGAACAAAGAUCAAGAAGAUCAAAUCACCAAAGAAAGAAAAACCUUUGGCUGAAGUUCAACCUGAAGAAGCUGAAACUAGACAAGUUCGAUUGAUUGCUCGAUUGAAACCAGAAGAAUCAGAAGAAUCUGAACAAGUUGUAUCAAAGAAAACACCAAAAUCAAAAGAUACAACAACAUCUUCAUCAAAAUUCGGUUUCUUCAAAAAGGAAAAAUCAACAACUCCAAUUCCAACUUAUUCUGAAUCAACUGAACAAUAUUCUGGACCACUUGAUUCAACCAACAGACAUCAAGAUUUGGAAAAUAUUCCAUUUGAACAUCCAGAAUAUCCAGAAUAUUCACCAAAAAUUGUUGAAACUGAUGAAGAUUCAGCUGGAACAAAGAUCAAGAAGGUUAAAUCACCAAAGAAGGAAAAACCUUUGGCUGAAGUUCAACCUGAAGAACCUGAAACAAGACAAGUUCGAUUGAUUGCUCGAUUGAAACCUGAAGAACCAGAAGAAUCUGAACAAAUUGUAUCGAAGAAAACACCAAAAUCAAAAGAUACAACAACAUCUUCAUCAAAAUUCGGAUUCUUCAAAGGUGGAAAAUCUUCAAAGAUUAUUACAACUUCUGCUUAUCCAACAUCUUCUGAUGAAUAUUCUGGACCACUUGAUUCGACCAACAGACAUCAAGAUCUUGAGAAUAUUCCAUUUGAACAUCCUGAUUAUCCUGAAUAUUCUACAAAGAAAAUCGAAACAUCUGAACAUGUUAUUGAAAGAGAACAACCAAAGAAAUAUCGAUUGAUUGCUCGAUUUAGACAUGAUGGAGAUGAAGAUGAAGUUGAUAAAUCAAAUAUUCGACCAGAAUCUUAUGGUUUUGCAUCAUCAACUUAUGAUGGACCUUUGGAAGAUAUUUCAAGAGAAAAUGAACUUGAACAAUCACCAAUUGGAGAAUAUUCAAAUAUUUAUCAUCAUGGAAAAUCAUGGAUUAGAGAUGAACCUGUAAAACCAGUGAUUAUCAAAGAAAAGAAGGUGAAAUCACCAAAGAAAGAAAAAGUUGUUGUUGCUCCAGAACCUGAAGAACCUGAAACUAGACAAGUUCGAUUGAUUGCUCGAUUAAGACCAGAAGAAUCAGAAGAAUCUGAACAAGUUGUAUCGAAGAAAACACCAAAAUCAAAAGAUACAACAACAUCUUCAUCAAAAUUCGGAUUUUUCAAAAAGGAAAAAUCAACAACUCCAAUUCCAACUUAUUCUGAAUCAACUGAACAAUAUUCUGGACCACUUGAUUCAACCAACAGACAUCAAGAUUUGGAGAAUAUUCCAUUUGAACAUCCUGAAUAUCCAGAAUAUUCACCAAAAAUUGUUGAAACUGAUGAUGAUUCAGCUGGAACAAAGAUCAAGAAGGUUAAAUCUCCAAAGAAAGAAAAACCUUUGGCUGAAGUUCAACCUGAAGAAGCUGAAACUAGACAAGUUCGAUUGAUUGCUCGAUUGAGACCAGAAGAAUCAGAAGAAUCUGAACAAGUCGUAUCGAAGAAAACACCAAAAUCAAAAGAUACAACAACAUCUUCAUCAAAAUUCGGAUUUUUCAAAAGGAAAAAUCAACAACUCCAAUUCCAACUUAUUCUGAAUCAACUGAACAAUAUUCUGGACCACUUGAUUCAACCAACAGACAUCAAGAUUUGGAAAAUAUUCCAUUUGAACAUCCAGAAUAUCCAGAAUAUUCACCAAAAAUUGUUGAAACUGAUGAUGAUUCAGCUGGAACAAAGAUCAAGAAGGUUAAAUCUCCAAAGAAAGAAAAACCUUUGGCUGAAGUUCAACCUGAAGAACCUGAAACAAGACAAGUUCGAUUGAUUGCUCGAUUGAGACCAGAAGAAUCAGAAGAAUCUGAACAAGUCGUAUCGAAGAAAACACCAAAAUCAAAAGAUACAACAACAUCUUCAUCGAAAUUCGGAUUCUUCAAAAAGGAAAAAUCUUCGAAGAAUGUUACAACUUCUGCUUAUCCAACAACUUCAGAUGAAUAUUCAGGACCUCUUGAUUCAACAAAUCGUCAUCAAGAUCUUGAGAAUAUUCCAUUCGAACAUCCUGAUUAUCCAGAAUAUUCUACCAAAAGAAUCGAAACAUCUGAACAUGUUAUUGAAAGAGAACAACCAAAGAAAUAUCGAUUGAUUGCUCGAUUUAGACAUGAUGGAGAUGAAGAUGAAGUUGAUAAAUCAAAUAUUCGACCAGAAUAUUAUGGUUUUGCAUCAACAACUUAUGAUGGACCAUUGGAAGAUAUUUCAAAAGAAAAUGAACUUGAACAAUCACCAAUUGGAGAAUAUUCAAAUAUUUAUCAUCAUGGAAAAUCAUGGAUUAGAGAUGAACCUGUAAAACCAGUGAUUAUCAAAGAAAAGAAGGUGAAAUCACCAAAGAAAGAAAAAGUUGUUGUUGCUCCAGAACCUGAAGAACCUGAAACUAGACAAGUUCGAUUGAUUGCUCGAUUAAGACCAGAAGAAUCAGAAGAAUCUGAACAAGUUGUAUCGAAGAAAACACCAAAAUCAAAAGAUACAACAACAUCUUCAUCAAAAUUCGGAUUUUUCAAAGGUGGAAAAUCUUCAAAGAUUGUUACAACUUCUGCUUAUCCAACAACUUCAGAUGAAUAUUCAGGACCUCUCGAUUCAACUUAUCGUCAUCAAGAUCUUGAGAAUAUUCCAUUUGAACAUCCUGAUUAUCCAGAAUAUUCUACCAAGAAAAUCGAAACAUCUGAACAUGUUUUUGAAAGAGAACAACCAAAGAAAUAUCGAUUGAUUGCUAGAUUCAGACAUGAUGGAGAUGAAGAUGAAGUUGAUAAAUCAAAUAUUCGACCAGAAUCUUAUGGUUUUGCAUCAACAACUUAUGAUGGACCUUUGGAAGAUAUUUCAAAAGAAAAUGAACUUGAACAAUCACCAAUUGGAGAAUAUUCAAAUAUUUAUCAUCAUGGAAAAUCAUGGAUCAGAGAUGAACCUGUAAAACCAGUGAUUGUGAAAGAAAAGAAGGUCAAAUCUGUCAAACCUGAGGAAAUUCCUGAUGUUCGUCUAGUUGCUCGAGUUCAACCACGAGUCAAAGAACCAUCUACAAAAUCCACAAAAGGUCUUUCAUUCUGGAAAUCGUCUUCCCCACAACCAGCUUAUCCAUCAACAUCGGAAGCCUAUCAGGGCAGAAUCGAUGUGGUGCGACGUAGUGAAGAACUCGAAUCGCGCGCCUUCGAUCCAUCAACAUCUCAACAAAUCGAACACUCCGCACGCCUCCAAGGCUUCACCGCCUACUCCCGCGCCGGUUUCUCGCAAAUCAACUACGAAUGUCGAGCCGAAAUUCAAAUCGAGCCAGUCUACGUGUUGCGCGAAACCGCCUCGACCAGCGGCGUGCGAGUCGUUCACCAAGAGCAAAUGGGCGGAGCCUCUACUAGCUCUUGGGAACGCCACGCCUAUCUCUCAACUGCCACCGCCAUUUUCUCCGGACACUCUGCGCUUUCCGACGAGGAACAGGAUAUUCUGUUCACCGCCACACCGCCAAUGUCACCACCUGAACGUGGAUUCUUGGCCAGACUUGGUUUCAAGGUAUUUUUUUCGUUGAGCUUCUGCUAUUUUUGUACUAAAAGCUUUCGUUCAAAUAAGCUCACGAACGAAAAAAUGUUUUUUUAACAUUGAAAGAUCAAAAGUCAAAAAAUGUCGAAAAAUUAGUUUUUUUUUGAAGUUUUAAAGCCAAAAAUGAUGACAAAUCGAUAUUUUUCAAGUUUCUGGAGUAAUUUCUGAUGAAAAUAAGCUAGGAGAACCAUAUUUUGCUUUAUUUGUGGAUUUUUUCGAAAUUCAUCAUUACGAAAAAUCAGCAAAAACUUCUGAAGGUCAAUUUUCAUCAUAAAUUACUCCAGAAGCUUGAAAAAUAUCGAUUUGUCAUCAUUUUUGGCUGAAAAACUCAAUGUUUUUUCGACAUUUUUUGACUUUUCGUGAAUUGAUCUUUCGAUGUUAAAAAAAAGCUCUAUUGAAAAAAUGCUUCUCCAAAAAGCCCAUAAUUUUUUAAUGAAAAACUCCAUUUUUUUGUCGAGUCCUAUGCAUGUUCUCUGAAAACUGACAUAGUUUUUUUUCUCCAAGCCUAACCCCAUGGGAAUAUACAACAAAUGCUUCCAUUUUUCUCUCCCCUCAAAAAAGUGUUGUCUUGAAAAGACCAAAAAAAACACGACUAAUAUACUAGCGCAUGAGGGAUAUGUGUAAAAAACGUUUUUUUUUUCAAAAAGUUUUAAAAAAAUCAGAUUUUUGUGAGAGUGUGAAUGGUUUUCUCUAUUUACUCAAAAGAGAGAGAUUUUCUUGAGUGCCCCCCUGGAAAAUUUGACACAAAAAUAGUUUUUGUUUUUGCAGAGAGGCGAGAAGAAGUCGCAAAAUGGUAAUAACAAGAAGUCGAAGAAGAAUGGAAAGAAGGAGAAUGAUUCGAGCAUCGAAACUUCGGAUAGCGAGCAUGAUGAGAAGCGCGAAUUUGCAGUUGUUGGAUUUCAGCCACAGGUUGGGGAUGGGGAUUUUUUAGAGGGCUUUGGGGUGGAAAUUUGAAAUUUUCAUUUUUUGAAAAAUUGGAAAUUCCGGCGCUUCAAAACUCUUUUUGAAAUUCAAAUUUUGAAAUGUUGAAAAUCACGAACAAAAAAAUUGUUUUUUUAACAUCAAAAGAUCGGUCAAAAUUAGUUUUUCAGCCAAAAAUGAUGAAAAAUCGAUUUUUUUCAAGGUUCUGGAGUAAUUUCUGAUGAAAAUUGACCUCGGAAUUCACUUUCCAGAAAGUUUUGCUAGUUUUUCGUGAUGAAUUUCGAAAAAAUUCAUUUAAAAAAAGCAAAAUUUUCUAGACAAAAAAUCGAAAAUUUUCAGUUUCUGGGUCAAUUUUUGCCGAAAAAAAGAAUUUUUGAGCUCAAAGUGCAGUUAAAAAUUGUUUUUCAUUCAAUUUUUAAAAAUCUGUGCUUCCGUAAUUUUUCGGAAAAUAAAAAAAAUUUCAAAUUUUGAUGAAUUUCGAAAAAAAUCAUAAAAUAAAGCAGAAUAGGGUUCUCGAGGCUUAUUUUCAUCAGAAAUUACUCCAGAAAAAAAUAAUAAAAAAUAUCGAUUUUUCAUAAUUUUUGGCUGAAAAAUUCGAAAAACUAAUGUUUUUUCGACAUUUUUCGACUUUUCGUGAAUUGAAAUUUCAAUUUUGAAAAAACAAUUUUUUCGUUUGUGAAUCAGCCCUGAAAUUUUGGAAUUUUCAAUGAAAACUUGAGAAAAAUUUGAUAAAAAUUUUCAUUUCUCGUAAUAAUUUUUUCAAAAUUUACAAAAAUUGUGAAAAUUUGACUCAAAUUUAUGAAAAAAUCUAUAAAGUUUUGUGAGAAUCUCAAAAAUCAGGAAUAUUUUUUGAACCUGGACUUUACCAUGAGAUUUUCUGAGUCUCACAGCAAACAAAAUUCCAAAAAAAAAAAAAGAAAAAUCUUGAUAACAGACAAAAAAGUGCAUGAACCUCCACCUUUCCCCCCAAGAGAAAAGUUGCACCAAAAAGCACUCUCACCUUUAGAAUUUUUGUCGGGAACCCAGUUUUAGUUUGCUGUUGUUUUUAAAGGAUCAGCACCAUCAGAAGCAUGUGAUAAAUGAUAGUAGUAAAAAACCGAGUGCUGUGAGCAAAUCUGCUGAAUCGCCAAGUCGUCGAUCCGAUUCGCAUCAUCUGCGAUCAAUUGAUGAGCCAAUGAAUGAGGUGACGAUAUUGGUGACGAGCGGAAAAGAUGCGCGGCCGCCGGCGGAAUUGGGAGCGACACGUGUCGUCAGGCAUGAGACGCGCGAACAACAAUUUCGUCUGAGCGGAAAUGGGUAUUCGUCGGGAUUUAAUCCCAAUGACCCGGUAAAGAAGGGACCUUUUUCUCUUGGUUUUCAACUGGGAUUUGGGAGAGUGUUGGAAUUUCUGAAAAUUUGGUUUGAAAAUUGGGAGUUUCUCAAAAAUUUGAAAAAAAAAUUUCAUUUUUUCCAUAUUUUUUGAAGUUUUUUUCAUAAAAACUUGGAUUUUUCUCAAAAAAAUGUUAAAUUUCAAAAAGCAAAAAUACUUUUCCCAAAAAAUUAAAAAAAAAUGUUUUUUUUGCCCAAAGUCUGAAAAUGACUGAAAAAUUCUCUGAGAAGUUGAGAAAUAAAAAAAAAUUGAAAACCUUGAAUUUCAUUCUUUCAGAAAAUAUUUUUCGGGAAAAAGUUGAUUUCAAAAAUUGUCUUUCUUCAAAAAUCAAACAAAAUUCAUUCUAAAAAUUUGGAUUUUUCAAAAAAAAAAUAAAAAGCACAUUUUUUGACAAAAAAUUUGGAUUCAGAAAAUGUCAAAAAACUAUAUUUUUUCCUAUUUUUUGACAUUUUUGUGUGGAAAAAAUAGGAAAAAUUAUAGUUUUUUGUAAAAAAAAUGUUUUUUUUUAAAUAUUUUUCUUCGACAAAAUCAGUUCCAAAUAUUAAAUGAAAAUCAGUUCCAAAUAUUGACUAAAAAUAUUGAAAAAUAUUUUGAAACGUAAAUUUUCCGAGAUUUUUUGAAAUGAGAAAUAAUAGCCUUGACAAUUUCAUUCUAUAGGCUCGGCUUCUUGAGAAGUAGGUUCUCUAGGCGCGGCUCCUAGACAAUUAGGUUCUCUAGGCGCGGCUCCUUGACAGCUGUAUUCUCUAGGCUCGCCUACUUGACAUUCCAACACUCUUCCCACUCCCGCCCACAAAAACUAACCCCUCCCCAAAACAAAAUUGCAUGAGGUUUUUUUUUGAAGUGGCCUUACCUCACAACCACACACACCACAAAACAAAAAUCUACCAAAAUUUUUCAUUUCUAUAUAUGUUUUUAAGUUCAACCCUCUCAUUUUCUUCUAUUUUAAUUCAUAUAAUGGUGGAGGUGUUUUUCGUGGGUAUUUCCCCCUUUCCCGGGUAAUUUUCCCCGCUCCUGGGUAAUUUCCCAUCCCCCCACUCCCCCCAGAUUUUUCACGAAGAUGAUUAUAGUCGCUGAUGUCGACGAUUCAACGCGCCGAACGGCUCAAUGAAAGCUCGCCACGGUUGGAACACGCUGAGCGCACUUUCACUGUGCGCGCCAAUGCGCCACUUCCGCUCUCCUUCGAGGUAGACUCAUCCCCCUGUAUUUCCGCCUGCUUUUCCGUUUUUUCACUUUGUGAUUUUAUUUGCACCGGAUGGGUUUGGGGUUUUUGGAACUUUUUUGGAGACCCGGAAAAUUUUUGAUUUAAAAAAUUGGUAAUAUUAUUUUUCUGGCUGAAAAUCCAGGAUUUCCAGAAUGUUCUAGAUCAAAAUUUUGAGCUGAAAAUCAAGAAAAUAUUGAUUUUCAGCGUUUUCAAAAAAGUCCGAAGAAUUUAUUUUUAAUACUGAUUCACGAACGAAAAUUUGUUUUUUUCAACACGAAAAGUCAAAAAAUGUCGAAAAAUUAGUUUUUCGAGUUUUCAGCCAAAAAUGAUGACAAAUCGAGAUUUUUCAAGCUUCUGGAGUAAUUUCUGAUGAAAAUUGACCUUGGAAUUCACUUUCCAGAGGUUUUUGCUGAUUUUUCGAGAAAAUUUCGAAAAAAUUCAUAAAAUAAAGCAAAGUAGGGUUCUCGAAGCUUAUUUUCAUCAGAAAUUACUCCAGAAACUUGAAAAAUAUCGAUUUUUCAUCAUUUUUGGCUCUAAAACUAAAAAAAAACUAAUUUUUCGACAUUUUUUGACUUUUCGUGAAUAAGUCCUAAUUAAAUCUUUGAAAACCUGAUUUUCUUAUGAACGAAAUAUCAAAUUUCCAAUAGGAAUUCAGGAAUUUCGAUAAAAAUCCACAGAAACUUCGAAAAGCCUCUGAGAAAUUCAGAAGUUUCUGAAAAUUAGUAGAAAGCUUUGUUGGAAACUCCGGAAAUUCCCAGAAUCCCCCCAUUUUCGCACCAAAAAGUUCCAAACCCGCUCAUUUUUCCACACACUUUUCCUCAGUUUUCCCAUAUUUUCCGUUGCUUCUCCUAUUUUUCAUCAAUUUUUUUCGGUUUCCUUCAAAAACCAUUCGUCCUCCUGUCUUCCUUCUUCAAAAAUCCCCUUGGUUUCGUGGUUUUCUCCCUAACACUUUCACAAAAUCGCUUUUUUGCUUGCCUUUUUCCUUUUCCGCACACUAUAAAACUAACCUACAAAAAUUGUUUUUUUCUCCAAAAAAAAGAGAGAGUUCAAAGAAGUGCCGAUGUGUUGUGAUGCUGAAGCUUUUGUUGGAAAACGAAUUUUAAUUUUAAUUUUUCUAUCUUUUUCGCGCCAUUUGAUUUUUCAACAACAGCUUUCAGUCUUUUUUCAUGCUAGAUAUGCGCCCUUUGAUUUUUCACUAGCCAGGAAAAUUUUUUGCUAAUUUUCACGAUUUCCAGGAGAGCGGACAACCGUACACGACAGUUUCCACAUGGCAAGAAUCGAGUGAUUUACCCGAACAGGUUGAGGUGUUUACCGAUGAGAAUGGAAGACAGAUUACGUGAGUGUUUUUUUUUGUUUUGGGAGAGAUUUGCGAUUUUUUGAGCCCGAACAUGGGAUUUUUUGGGAAAUUUUUGAUUUUUCCGAGAAAUUUUGGGAGUUUUUGAGCCCAAAUAUGGGAUUUUUUGGAAAUUUUUGAAUUUUUGAAUCAGCAAAAAUUUGAUUUUUCAUUGAAAAUCUAAAUUUAAAUCUGAAAAUUAGGAAGAAAAUUGAAAUUUGCAAAAAAAUCGAAUUUUUCGAGAAAUUUGCGACUUUUUGAAUCGAAAAAAUUUGAUUUUUCAUUGAAAAUCUAAAUUUUCCAGCUGAAAAUUAGGAAGAAACUUCAAAUUCAAAAAAAUCGGGAGUUUUUGAGCCCAAACAUGGGAUUUUUUGGAAAUUUUUUGAUUUUUUCGAGAAAUUUGCGAUUUUUUGAGCCCAAACAUGAUUUAUUUUCAAAAAAAAACUUUAAAUUCAAAAAAUUUGAGAAUUUUUGAGCCCGAGAUAUUUUCGGGAAAAUUUUGAACUUUUUGAAUCAGAAAAAUUUGAUUUUCCAUUACAAAAUUGAACUUUCAAGCUGAAAAUUAGGAAGAAAAUUCAAAUUUUAAAAAAAUGUGGCAGUUUUUUUGAGCCCGAACAUAAUGUAUUUUGAAAAAUCGAUUUUUUUUUGAGAUUUUUUGAGCCCGAGAUGUUUUUGAGAAAUUUGAACUUUUUGAAUCAGAAAAAUUUGAUUUUUCAUAGAAAAUUCAAAUUUUCAAGCUGAAAAUUGAGAAGAAAAUUCAAAUUUUAAAAAAAUGGCAGUUUUUUGAGCCCAAACAUGGGAUUUUUUGGAAAAUUUUGAUUUUUCGUGAAAUUUGGGAUUUUUGAAUCGAAAAAACUUGCUUUUUCAGUAAAAAUUUGAAAUUUCUAGCUGAAAAUUAAGAAGAAAAUUCAAAUUUUGAAAAAUUUGGCAGUUUUUUUGAGCCUGAACAUGAUGUACUUUGAAAAUCUAGUUUUUUUGAGAAAAUUUGAAUUUUUUGAAUCAGAAAAAACUUGAUUUUUCAUAGCAAAUUCGAAUUUUCAAGCUGAAAAUUGGGUUUUUGUCAAAAUCCUGAAUUUUUUUAAAAAUCCACCAGAAAAUUUAUCAUAAGCCUUUAAAAAAUGCUCAAAAAAUCGCGGAAAAUUCUCAAAUUUCCCUCAGAUUUUUUUAAAAUAUUUUUUUUCUCAGGCGAACAAUCAAAUCAUCACAAGUGAAACAUACGGUUCAAACGCAAUCAUUCCAAAACUACAUUGUCGAUGGAGAUCAGGUUCCAGUUGGAGUUGUUGAAGUUGAACGAAGUCGCGAGCAAUUGACGCCGAUUGGUCAACAAGGUUGGGGAUUUUUUGGGAAUUUUUGGGGAUUUCUGUGGAAAAAUCCUGAUUUUUUGAUAUAAAAUAGGAAAAUUGAUAAAAAAUUCACUUUUUUUGGGAUUUUUUGAUAUAAAAUUUGGGGAUUUCUGUGGAAAAAUGCCUGUUUUCCAGCCGGAACAUCGGACAAAAAUGGAAUUGUCGAAACGCAAACCCGAACUAUGACUUAUGAAGCUGCGGCUUCGGAAGGUGCAGUUCCACCGCCAGGAUGGGAUGAACAAGUGAGCUUUUUUUUGCAAAAAAAUUUCUUGAAAUUUGAAUUUUACGCGAGUUUUUAGUGUUGAAAUUCGGGAUCAAAUCAGAAUUUUAAAGCAAAAUCUUUGAAAAUUUAUUGAAACGUAAUUUUGCCGGGCUUUUUUCUGGUGAUGAAAUUUCCAAAAAAUUAUUUUCAUCAUUUUUUUUCAAAGUGUUCAAUAUCGGAACAUCAAACCUGAAUUUUAAAGCGAAAUAUUUGAAAAAUUGUUGAAACGUAAUUUUUCUGGGUUUUUCAAGAGAAUUUUAAGUUAAAAUAUAUUGUCACUUUUUUUUGAGUGUUUGACAUUGGAAGAUAAAAUUUGAAUUUCGGAGCUAGAAUUUGAAAAAAAAAUAAUCGAAAAAUUCAAGAUUUUUCACCGAAAAAAUCCAGAAAUUUCAAAAUAUAAUUGAAACCUCUGGUUUUUGCAGGGUCUUGGUGAAUAUGUGUCGUCGAAAAGUGUAACGCAAGGAAAUCGUACAAUCGAGACGAUCACCUACAAAACGGAAAAGGAUGGAAUCAUCGAGACGCACGUCGAACAUCGAGUCACAAUUCAUUCGGAUGGAGAUAUUGAUCAUGAUGCGGUGAGCGACGAAAAAUUUGGGAUUUUUUGAGUGUAAAUAUGUCUAGGUGGCCUAGAAAUCUGCAUUUGGAAAUCUAGGCCGGAAAUUUGUGAUUUUUUGAGUCUAAAUUCGCCUAGGUGGCCUAGAUAUCCGGAUUUGGGUUUCUAGGCCAAAAAUUUGUGAUUUUUCGAGUGUAAAUAUGUCUAGGUGGCCUAGAUAUCCGGAUUUGGGUUUCUAGGCCCUGAAAAUUACGAUGUUUUGAGUGUAAAUAUGUCUAGGUGGCCUAGAAAUCCGGAUUUGAGUUUCUCGGCCAGAAAAAUGCAACGUUUUGAGUGUAAAUUCGCCUAGGUGGCCUAGAAAUCCGGAUUUGGGUUUCUAGGCCAAAAAUUUGUGAUUUUUUGAGUCUAAAUUCGCCUAGGUGGCCUAGAAAUUUGCAUUUGGAUUUCUAGGCCCUGAAAAUUGCGGAUUUUCCAAACCUAAUUACCUCAAAGUCCCCCCAAAUUUUCCAGAUGGCCUAGAAUUUCCAUUCGAAUUUCUAGGCCAUCCGUUGAAAAUUCGAAAAAACCCUCCGUAUUUUUACAGGAAUUGAGUCAAGCAAUUUUGGAAGCCACUCAAAUGAACCCGGACAUGGUUGUUGAGAAAAUUGAAGUUCGUCAAGAAUCGACCCAAUAA